UCUACCACAAAUAAGACCAACUAUGUCUGAUAACACUGAGCCUGCCAUCUCACAAGAACUUCGAGAAUGGCUUGUUUCUACUAUUGCGGCAUCUAUUUCCAAGAUGCUAGCAGCCUUCCAUGACAAAACUUCUACCGAAGUUAACCCCACUGUGCGCUUGCUCUCUGAUUCUGAGGACUCUCAGCCUUCGGAUCAGGAGGAGGUCACGCGCAAAUGCCCCUGUAAAGGGGAUAGUGUUUCUGCAG